AUGUCAAGCGGGCUUGACUCCCAGAAGCUAAGCGCCGUCUUCAAGUCGAGGCCCGACAUCCUCAAGGGCAUCCAAAAGGAAGCCGACACGCCGAGUCGAGUAAAGCUUUUCAACGACAUUGUCAGCUACGUCUACGAGCAGACUGGUGGCGACUCGGCAGCAGAAGAGCAGCCUGCCCUCAAACGGCGGCGAGUCGACAUUGACCAGAAUGGCAGCACCUCUUCCUCCUCUAAUGGAGCUGCACCCAGUGUAGACGUCGCGAGUGAGGAUGUGUUGUUGGAGAUCAAGGACAUCUCCGUCUCGAUCCCUCAGCGCAAGAAGUUUGACCUAUGCUUCACUGCGCACCACAUCUACGCCAAGGCGCCCAACACUACGGCUCCGAUUCCUACCAUCACAUACGCCUGGAAGGAUUUCGAAUAUGUAUUUUGCCUCCCUGUGCCCGAAAAGGCUCAAGUGCAACACAACUACGUCCUCCUCCCCCGAGGCUCAGCUUUGGCAUCGCUUUCCAAGGAUAGCCCAUCUACGGCUGCUGAACCUCUCGUCUUCACCAUUGGUGCCACAGCACCCAAGCCAGGCUCGAUUGGCGGCAAGAAUGCUGCAGCCGCACAGGCGGUUUCCGACUCUUACAAGCAGUUAUUCAACUGGGCGCUCAAGAUGUGCCUAAACGCCAGAGCCCCCGACGUGCAAAUCGUCGAGGCAGACCCUUCAAAAUUUCACAGCCAGGUACGGCAGGCUCAUCGACCAAAGGAGCAGGCCGUCCACGUGGCGGCACACCGAGGAUCCAAAGAUGGCUUCCUCUUCUUCCUCGAGAACGGAAUCUUGUGGGCUUUCAAGAAGCCCUUGCUCUUCAUCCCGGUGGACCGUAUCGCCGCCAUCAGCUACACGAGCGUCCUGCAGCGCACCUUUAACAUGGUGGUAGAGAUCUUCACAAAAGAAGGCGGCGAUGACGAGGCAACCGAAGAGAUCGAAUUUGCCAUGUUGGAUCAAGAGGACUAUGCUGGUAUCAAUGAGAAGUAUGUGGCGCGCAAGGGUCUGCAGGAUCGAAGUAUGGCAGACCAACGCAAAGCCAAGAAAGAGCUCGCAGAGAAUGGCAAGGGCAAGAAAGGAGUAGACGCCGAAAACGGUGAUGACGAUGAUGGAGCAGCGCCAGGCGUCGGCUUGGCAGAGCUUCAAAAGACCGAUCUCUGGGGAGACGAUGACGAGGAAGAUGAGGAGGACUACGAUCCCGGUUCCGAUGGAGAGAGUGAGGGCUCUGGCAGUAGCUCUGAUGACGAUGACGACGACGACGACGAAGAUGAUGAUGCAGGAGAGGAUGGCGAAGAUGACGACGAGAUGGACGAAGACAAUGCCGGCGCAGCUGACGAUGAAUAA